AUGGCCGACCAGAACCAAGUGCAGCAGUGGCACGUCACCGAGCCGUAUCUGGAUCUGCACUGCCAGCUCGGAGAGGGUCCCUACUUCGAAAAGGGCACCCAGACGCUGCGCUUUCUCGACAUCAAGCAGAAGCGACUCCACACCGUCUCGGUCACUGAAGGGCCAGAUUCGCUCAAGACCCUCCAGCUAGAUUCCCCGAUUGGUGUCACGGCCAACAUUCAGGGUCAGGAUCCGCAGGAAAAGAUUCUAGCGGCCCUCAAGUAUGGCAUUGCCCUCCUCGACCGAAAGACGGGUCACUAUGACUACUUGACCCGCAUUGGCGGCGACCCCGACAGAAUGAGGUCCAACGACGGUGCCGUUGAUCCGCAUGGUCGUUUCUGGCUCGGCACCAUGAAUGACUUUCAUGUUGGUGAGCCGCAAACCGAAGGAUCCCUCUACCGAUUUGACUUUGGAAAGUCCAAGGAGGAGGUCGAGUCGGGUCUGAUCAUCCCCAACAGCCUUGGCUGGUCCCCGGAUGGCAAGACCAUGUACUUCACCCACACGCCUGAGAACACCAUCUUUGCGUGGGACUACAACCCCGAGGACGGUAGCCUCUCCAACAAGCGCGUCCAUUACAAGCACGAGGAGAAGGGUCACCUGGACGGGUUCAGGGUCGAUAAGGAUGGCAACAUCUGGCACGCCCUGUAUGACGGAGCCGCCGUCAUCAAGAUCUCCCCGGUCGGGAAGAUCCUCGGCCGAGUCAUCCUGCCGACCAACAACAUCACCUGCGUCGAGUUUGUGGGUACUGAGCUGUUCAUCACCAGCGCCGCGGACGAGGAGAGCGAGGAGGGGACUCCUAGCAGGAAGUACGGCGGUGGCCUGUUCAGGGUCGAUGUCGGCACUACCGGAUUGGACCACACCGAGUUCAAACUGGAGCAGUAG